AUGGCUCCAGACGAAGGCGACCAGGCGAUGAGCCUCAAAGACGAGAAAGCUCCGUAUCCAUCCCUGAGCACAUCGAGUUCUGCAGAGUUAUUGGAUGCAGCGCCAUCAAGCGACAAUGAACGAAUUGACAUUCUGCAGUCCGCAGAGCAUGCAAUGCAUCGCGGAUCUCCCAAAAUCGACCCUCAGGUCUGGACCGAUGUGACUUCCCACCUUGGCGAUUCCAACACGAUAGAUGCCCGGAAAGGAUCUAUUUUGUUUGAGAAGUUGAGUGUUCAUGGCAAAGGAUCCUCGCUACAAAUCCAACACACUGUUUUGUCGGCGCUUCUAUACCCUCUUGCGUAUCCCAUCGAACGGCUCGUGAGGAUCGUCGGUAACAAGAAAACUCACGAUGACCGACGAACCAUAUUACAUGGACUUGAUGGAAUCGUACGCAGCGGCGAAUUGUUGCUGGUGCUGGGUCGUCCGGGGAGUGGGUGCUCAACGUUUUUGAAAUCGCUAUGUGGCUACCUCGAAGGCCUGGAUCUCGACUCCGUCAGUGAGAUACAGUGUAAGGGAGUACCAUUCAGAGCGAUGAUGGAAAAAUACCGGGGAGAUGUAGUGUACAACCAAGAGGCAGAUCAUCACUUUCCCAACCUGACAGUCGGUCAAACACUUGAGUUCGCAGCGCAUGCACGAGCACCGCACAAUCGAGCAGGCAAACCGGAUGGAGAGCGGUGUCAGCGGAGGGGAAAGAAAGAGAGUCAGGUAAGCCUACUUUUUUUUGGCUUAGAGGCAGAGAGAAAGAAGGUUACAAGAACUGACACAGUUGGUAUGAACAGUAUUGCGGAAACGGUUUUGUCACGGGCUUCGGUUGUGGCCUGGGACAACAGCACACGUGGGCUUGAUGCAGCCACUGCAGUCGACUUUGUUCGGGCCCUUCGAACCUCAGCCCAACUAGCGGGAUCUUGCCAUGCGGUCGCUGCAUACCAGGCCUCAGAAGCUCUUUACAACACCUUCGAUCAAGUCAUCCUUCUAUAUGAAGGACGAGAAAUAUAUUUUGGCUCUCGUGAAGGUGCUGUUUCAUACUUUGAGACCAUGGGAUGGAAACGACCACCCCAACAAGUGAGCGCUGAUUUCCUCACAGCUAUCACUAACCCUGGCGAGCGACAACCACAAGUCGGCAUGGAAAAUGCAGUCCCCCGCACCUCAGUGGAGUUUGAAGCAUACUGGAAGAACAGCCCGGAGCAUGCAGAGCUGCAGAAAUCAAUCCGACUGUACAAGCAUAAGAACCCUCUUGAUAGCUCAGAGGAGAUCAAAUUGAAGGAAGUCAAGCGCCUUGAGCAAUCGACCCAUGCUCGAUCAUCUAGCCCCUAUCUUCUCUCGGUGCCAAUGCAGAUCAGACUGUGUAUCGUUAGAGCCUGGCAACGGACCCGCAAUGAUAUCCCAGGCUUGAUCGCUUCAGCAGUGGCGCAGAUUGUGGUAUCUCUUAUCAUCGGGUCUCUCUUUUAUAACAUCCCACAAACUACCGCUGGACUAGGACAGAGAGGAUCGGUCCUCUUCCUCGCCGUUUUGACAAAUGCUUUGAUAUCCUUGUUGGACAUCAACACCCUAUACAGCCAAAGACUGAUCGUGGAGAAACAAGCGGCCUAUGCCUUUGUGCACCCCUUUACGGAAGCCAUCGCAGGAGUUAUCGUGGAUUUCCCAAUCAAACUUUUCCGAUGCGUCUUGUCUGCUAUUAUCGUAUAUUUUCUCGCAAACCUCCGGAGAGAGGCCUCUCAUUUCUUUAUCUACAUUCUGUUUCAGCUCACAGCCGUUAUGACAAUGGCCACGAUGUUUCGCACUUUGGCCACGGUUACCAGGACUAUCGGACAAGCUAUGUCCCUGGCCGGAGUCAUCAUUAUCUGUGUCGCCGUGUACACUGGCUUCACUGUUCCCCAGUUCGAUAUGCCGCCAUGGUUUGCAUGGAUCCGAUGGGUCAAUCCGAUAUUUUACGCUUUCGAGGCCAUUGUCUCUAAUGAGUUCCAUGGUCGCCAGUUUAACUGCGUGGAAUACAUUCCAAGCUUAAGUUUCCACAAGGGGUCAUCCUUCACCUGCUCAGAUGUGGGAUCCGUUCCAGGGGAGCGAUAUGUAUCUGGAGAUGCAUAUAUCGCGGGCAACUACGAUUACUCCUAUGAUAAUUUGUGGAGAAAUUACGGCAUCUUAGUUGGCUUUCUUGUCUUCUUCUAUGUACUUUAUUUUUGGCUCACGGAGUUGAUCCCAGGAACCACCCCGGCACAUGAGGUCUUGAUCUUCCGCCGCGGAGAUGUACCCGAUAAGUUGAGUAGAGGUGAUCUGGAGUCCGGAGAGCAGGCUCCACCCCUUCAAGAGCUGAAAUCAUUGGCCCCUCCGGCCCGUUCCUCAAGGGCAGAACCAAAGGAUACCCUCAGCUGGAAGGGACUUUGCUACGACAUUCCAGUGAAAGGCGAUGAAAAACGACUUCUGGAUGAUGUUAGUGGCUGGGUCAAACCUGGAUCACUCACGGCGCUCAUGGGCGUUUCGGGUGCUGGGAAAACAACACUUAUGAACGUUCUAGCGGGGCGUAUGGCCGUUGGGAUUGUUACAGGGGAUAUGUUGGUCAAUGGCCACGAACCUGACGCCAGCUUUGCCCGAAAAACCGGCUAUGUACAACAACAAGAUCUGCAUGUGGAGACCUGCACAAUCCGUGAGGCUCUUCGAUUUAGUGCAGCACUACGCCAACCUCAGCAUGUCUCAAUGGAGGAAAAAUACGAAUAUGUUGAGGAGGUGAUUCAGUUGCUGGGAAUGGAGGAUUUCGCGGAAGCAGUUAUUGGAAAUCCCGGCGACGGUUUGAACAUGGAACAAAGGAAACUGCUCAGCAUUGGAGUCGAACUUGCUGCCAAGCCUCAACUUUUGAUCUUUCUUGAUGAGCCCACCAGUGGUUUGGAUUCACGAAGUUCGUGGGCUAUCUGCACGUUCAUGAGAAAACUGGCGGACCAUGGCCAACCCGUCCUUGCUACAAUCCACCAACCAAGUGCCGUUUUAUUCGAGCAAUUUGAUCGUUUAUUGUUUCUUGCCAAAGGCGGAAAGACUGUUUACUUUGGGGAUAUCGGUAACAAGGCUCGGACAGUUCUGGAAUAUCUGGAAAAGAAUGGAGCUCGUCAUUGUGACCCAACUGAAAAUCCCGCUGAAUAUAUGCUCGAGGUCAUCGGAGGGGGCACCCAAGGGCAGUCUACGCCCAUUGACUGGGUUCACACGUGGAAAAACAGCUCUGAACACAGCAAAGUUCUUGAAGAGUUGGACAGUCUCGUCUCAUCAGCAUCCAACGGUAUCUCUGCCGACCCCUACAAGGUCGCUGAAUUUGCAAUGCCUCUCGCGGUUCAAUUUUACCAUGUUAUGAAUCGCGACCUCCAACAAUAUUAUCGCCAACCCGAAUACAUCUUGGCCAAGUUUGGCGCGGGUAUUUUUUGCGGUCUUUUUAUCGGCUUCUCCUUCUGGAGUUCCGAUAAUUCAAGCCAAGGCUUCCAGAACGUAUUGUUUAGUCUGUUCCUUUUGUGCACAAUAUUCUCCACACUCGUCAACCAAAUCAUGCCGAAAUUUCUGUCUCGGCGAGCGUUAUACGAACUACGAGAGAGACCAGCUAAAACCUACUCCUGGAAGGUGUUCAUUCUGUGUCAGAUUCUCGUUGAACUACCAUGGCAAACAUUGCUUGGGAUAUGUACCUGGGCCUCAUUUUACUUUUCGGUUUACGGUAGCGACCAAAGUCCCCAGCGGCAGGUGCUUGUUCUUCUGUUUACCGUACAGUUCUUCCUCUUUGCGUCAACAUUUGCUCAACUUGUAAUUGCUGCAGUUCCCAAUCUGGUUUUGGGGAGCAUGAUGGCUACAUUCACAUUUCUCCUGUGCCUCUUGUUCAAUGGCAUCAUGCAGCCACCUAGCUCAUUGCCGCGGUUUUGGAUUUUUAUGAAUCGAGUUUCCCCUCUCACUUAUUACGUGGGCGGCAUUAGUGCCACUGCAUUGCAUGGCCGUCCGAUCCACUGCUCUAAUCGAGAGCUGAGAGUCUUUGAUCCCCCGCAAGGGCAGAAUUGCGGUCAAUAUCUGGCGGAAUAUCUCAAAACAGCGCCAGGCACGCUCUACAACCCACUUUCUUCGGAUCAGUGCCAGUAUUGCCCACUUCGGGUAGCAGAUCAGUAUCUUGCUGGGCGGGAGAUCUCCUGGGAUUAUCGAUGGAGAAACUUUGGAAUUUUUUCAGCGUAUAUCAUCUUCAACAUUAUUGGCGCCAUUGGACUUUAUUAUCUGGUUCGAGUUCGACCUUACGCAAGGAAGUAUCGCGCGCAGAAAUCUCCAAAAUGA